AUGGCUGAGAACAGAGACUCCGGUGGUCCGAUAGAUGACUUGGAGGUGAAUGAUGUGAAUCAAAAUGGGGGUACUUUCAAUAACCAACACUUGAAUGGAGAUUGGACAAGGUUGCUAUCUCUAGCUGAUGCAGCAGAAGAGGAGGAAAGAAGAGCUAGACAGGAGGAACAGCUCAAUUGGCUAAAUGAAUACUGGGAACUCUUCUUAGAAUCGUAUGCUAAUGGGGUGAUCGAUCUUUCUGAAUAUGAAUAUGAAUCUGAGGAGGAAGAAGAAGAAAUACCCAAUAUAGACAAUAUGUCUUAUGAGGAACUAUUGGCCUUACAAGAACGUAUUGGAAUUGUCAACGUGGGAUUAAGCGAAGAUACAAUUACGUCAAGAUUAAAGAAGAAUUCAUGUGUGGUGAGGAUGUGA